ACUUAUUUUUUAUGAUUCUUUUCCAAAUGAAGAGGAUAAGAAAAGGAAAACAAAUAAAAAACUAUAGCACACCAUGUAAUUUCAACCAACUCCUCGCAACAAAAAACUUCAACCAAUUCCCCUCAGGAAAAAAAAAAAAAAACUUGCAACUAAUUCCCGCAAAAGAUAGUUGGUGAGACGAAAAGUAUAAAAGGCGUAAUAUGGCGCGAAAUGCAUUUGAAAUGCUCAUUGCUGUCUGAACUUGAGACGAAAGGAGAGAGAGAGACAGCUUCAAUUUUCGGAUUUUCUGCACUAUCCAUCCGCCAUUGCUACAGAACUCCGAAGUCGUGAUAACCUAAUUGUGGUCGACAGCUUCAAUUUCGUUAUUCGAGCAUUUCAAAAUGCAGAAAUUAGGGUUUUUCGGCAUGAAAAGCUUAGAUCAGUUCAAAUCUUUCACAGGAUCUGCUUCAGGAACAGCGAAAACCUUAUCAAUUUCUUCUCGUUCAUCUUCGGAUUCAAUUACUUCAGGAAGCUUCGCGAACUUGAAGAUCACUGCUGAGAAAUUGGUCAAGGAACAAGCGUCUGUGAGAACGGAUCUUGAUUUAGCAAAUUCGAAGUUAAAGAAAUCUCUGGAGCAUAUUCAUCUUCUAGAAGAGAAGCUACAAACAGCGUGCAAUGAGAAUGCGAAGCUGAAAGUGAAACAGAAAGAAGACGAGAAGAUCUGGCAAGGGCUGGAAUCGAAAUUUUCUUCUACAAAAACCUUCUGUGAUCAACUCACCGAAACAUUGCAGUUCUUAGCUUGCCAAGUUCAGGAUGCGGAGAAGGAUAAGGAGUUGAUAGAAGGGAAAUUAACAGAAAAUUUGGUUGCAUUGGAUAAUAUUAAUGAUGAAAUGAAGAAGUUAUCCCUUAAAUUGGAGUCAGCAGAGGAAAAUAUUAAAGAACGUGACGAGGCACUUGAGGAACUUAAAAGGCAGAAAGAGGAACAAGAGGUACUUUACGAAAAUGAACGAUCCAAAACUACCAAACUUAUGGCUGAAAAAGAUGAUUUUAUAAAAUGCCUUGAAGCAUACCUAUCCACAAGCAGAUUGGCUGGUGAAAGUUUAAAGUCAAAAUUGGAUGAUGCGAAUAGGGAACUAAAUUUGAAAGAAGAGGGUCUUACUGAGAUGAGAGUUUCUCUUGAAAAAUUGGAGAGGGAGAAACUUGAUCUUCGAUCUAGCAACGAUGAGUUUGCUAAAAGAUUAGCGGCAUCAGUGCAGGAGACUCAAAAUCUUAAGGAUGUCGUUGAUGUUUUCGCUUCAAAACUUAUUGAAUUGGAUAAGCACAGUUUGGCUAUUUCAGACAAGAUCUCUAAGCUCUUCUCUGGGUAUGAUUUUUGCUCGAAGUUGGUUGAACAUGAGAAGGAUCUCAAUACCAAGAAGGCUCAAGGGAACUAUGAUCUUCUGCAUCAUCAGAACAUGCAGCUUAUAUCAGAAAAGGAUGAACUUCAAUCAUGUAAACUGGGAUUAGAGGAUAAAGUAUACGAGCUACGCAUAGCACAAGAGUCUGCAAUGGUGCAGCAUGCUGAUGAAUGUCGUUUAACAGAAGAGAGGAUUCAAAAGUUAGAGUGUGAAAUAGUGGCUCUUGUUGCUAAGAAAAUUGAAGCAGAAAAGUUGGUUUCUGAGUUGGAGGAGCAAGUUCGCAAUCUUUCGGAGAGCCUAGGGUCAUCUGAUAAUGAAAAGAAAGAUUUGCUGAUUAAAUUGUCAGAGCUAGAGUCAGAGAAGAAGGAGAACACGGAGAAGCUGCAAGGAGAUAUACAGAAAAAGGAGGAUGAAAUCGAUGGAUUUCAGAAGGAGAUUUUGAAGACUAAUCAGCAGGUGAUGUCCUUGGAGGAGCAAGUGAACAAGCUUCAUUCCACAGUGGAGGAAAAGGAACAGCUAAUCAUACAAUACAAAGACAAAGAGAAGCAACUGGAAACCCUAAAAGCAGAGAUCAAGGCACAGUUAGUUACUGCAGAAAGCAAGCUUGGAGAAGCUAAGAAGCAGUAUGAUGUUAUGCUUGAAUCUAAACAGUCAGAGCUGUCAAGGCAUUUGAAGGAGAUCUCCCAGAGGAAUGAUCAGGCAAUAAAUGACAUCAGGAAGAAAUAUGAAGUUGAGAAGCAAGAGAUCAUGAAUCUUGAGAAAGAGAAGGCAGACAAGACUGUUGUAGAGAUGGAAAGGGUGUGUGAGCAAAGACUUAACCAGUGCAAGGAAGAAUCAAAGCAGACUUUGGCUCGCAUCCAAGAAGAGCAUACUGCUUUGAUUGAUCGCAUGAAAAACGAGCAUCAAAGAAAAGAAUCCAAUCUUCACUCUGACCACCUUGAAGAGCUGAACCGUAUCCAACUCCAGGCUGAAAACGAACUGAGAGAGAAUACAAUGACAAUGAAGAAUGAGCACGAAUCCCAGAUAAGAGCUUUGAAGUUGCAGCACGAAGAUGAAUAUAGGAAACUUCAGCAGGAGCUGGAUCUUCAGAAAUCUAAAGAAGAAAGGCAAAGGGCUCUGUUGCAGCUACAAUGGAAAGUGAUGAGCGACGUACCCCAAGAUGACCAAGAAGUGAACUCGAAGAAGGAACACUCUGUUUCAUCGAUGAGAAAAAAAUAUCCAGAUGGCAUGAAAAAAGGCAUGCAUGCUCCGGUGAGCGAGCCAAGUGAACUGAAGAAAGAAGUUUCACAUUACCAAGCUACAAUACAAUCUCCAGUAUCAAGCUUGCUAAGGAAAGUAGAGAGCGAAAAAACUGGAAAUGUUAUGGGUAUAUCUAAGCAUGGAAGGAAGGUAACUCAUCGCGAAUAUGACGAGGAAACAACAAAUGCAGAAACCCUUACCAAACGAAGAAAAACCAAGAGCACUGUCAUGUUUGCGGAACCAAGAAAGCAUAAGAAGGUUGCUACUCCUAAAACCAAUACUCCUAAAAGCACUAUCAAGGGAACUAGGACAAUGGGUUACUCUCAGCCUACAAAUCUAGUCGAAUUGUUUUCUGAAGGAUCUCUGAAUCCAUAUGCAGACGGAGACGAUCCCUAUGCAUUUGAUUAGAUGUAGGUAAUGAGUUCCUUCUAUAGGCCGACAAGUGUACAACGAUUUAACUGGUUAUAGAAUGUUAGAGUGACAGCAAAUGCAGUUUUUUCAUGUCCAACUUUAGCGUCAGGAUCACACGUAAAAAUCCUCGUCGAUUACAGGUCGACGAGAAGACUAUAACUCCUGUAUAUGAUGUAGAAAGUAACUGUCUAUAUUGUGGCAAGUAUCUCUAUAUCAAUACUCAAUAGUUUUUCAAUUUUUGAAACUCAUUGUUCCACUGCUACUUGUUAGAAUCAGCUACGCCCGUCAUUAGAAUUCUUUUUUGAUUCUUUUUCAUGGGCUUCAUCUGAAGCAUCAAUUUUGAGCCUAAACUUCAAAUGGUUUCAUGAAA